AUGAAUAUUACUUCAACCUUCUUUAAUAACCUUUCUUCUGAUUUUUCUAAUUUUCUUAAAAAUACGGAUGAUUAUAAUGUGAUAAUUAAAGUUGGGACUGCGAUUGAAAAUAUGGGUGCGAAGAUGUUUGAGGCACAUUCGGCUAUCCUGCGUGCACGAUGCUCGUAUUUUCGUGCAGCGCUGUCGAGUGAUUGGGCGAAAAAAGAACAUGAUAAAUUUAUUUUAACAUUGCCAAAUACAUUGCCAGAUAUUUUUGAGUUGAUUCUAAGUGGCAGUAUAACAAUCACCGAAAACACAAAUAUGCUUGGACUUUUAACGACGGCAGACGAAUUAGUGCUUGAAGAACUUUUUUCCUAUGCUCAAAAUUUUCUUAUUACACAAAAACCGGCCUGGUUACGACAAAAUCUCUACAAAGUGCUAGAUUUGGCAUUUAAACUUGACACUGCAAAAGAGCUACAAGAAUACUGUAUAAACAUUGUGACAUAUGCGCCCGAAAAAUUUUUUGCCUCUGAUGAAUUUUUCUCAGUCCAAGAAUCUGUACUCGUUUCGAUAUUGCAACAGGAAGAAAUUUGCCUUGAUGAACAAGAUAUCUGGCAGCAUGUAAUUGAAUGGGGAUUAAUGAAUACACCAACGUUAAAGAAUAAAGGAUUCUCUGAUUUUCAAAAAGAAGACUACUUAGAAUUGGCAAACACUCUUGCGCCGUUUUUACCACAUAUUCGGUUUUCUGAUAUUCCUAAACGUCACCUUUUAAACAAAGAGACCUUAUUACCAGGCAAACUUCGAGAGGAACUUUCUGAAUACUACUCUACUAAUGUAUUCAAGUUGUCCAGUAAUUUAUUACCACCACGUGCAAGACUAUGCUCUGAAAUUAUCACGAGCCAUCAUAGCAGUCUUAUCGCUAGUUGGAUUGACCAUCGUGACUACACGACAACUGGAAAAGUAUGUAGUCCAUAUCGAUUCAAACUAGUUUUUCGAGCAAGUCGAGAGAAUUUUUCCCUGAAAAUUCUUCGACAAGAACUCUUAGAUGUUCCCAUGAUAAUUGUAGCAAAAGUUUCGGGUACUGGGGAAGUGGUUGGCGGCUAUACACCCACAAUGACAAGCAAACAACCUAACAAAUAUAUUGCCACGAAAGAUUCAUUUAUCUUUUCUUUUCGAGUUGAUCGUGAAUUCAGCGGCAAUUUGGAUGACGAGUAUUCUAACAUUGAUGGUAUUAAAAAUCGAGGAUCAACAAUGAAAAAAACGCAUGCUCCCAUAAAGCAUGUUCUAAGUCGAGUUCUGUUGAAUUGUUGGGAACGAGCUGUUACGGAUAUUUCUUUUGGAUUUUUGAGUUUUGGUAUGAGCGAUUUGAGAAUUGGUGGUAUACUGAAUCCAAAGAGCGCUUAUUGUAAGCGGGAAAGUUAUGAACUUCGGAUACGUAAUGUGGAUGGACCAUUUCACAUUGAUGAAUACGAAGUAUUUCAGGUCUUAAAAGUUGCGCCUUCGGAUGGUUUAUAA